AGGACGACACUACCCUUCACAGGCCCAAAAGCACCUCUUUCACGCCCUUCCAUAACGGCGCGUUUUGUAGAUAUAUCAGCGUAUCCCAGGUCUUUAUCGCUACAGGUCAUCAGCGAGUCUCAUCUACGACAAUCUUUAUAAAAGCGACGAGGGCAUCGAGUUACCGUUGCCCGCAAGUGUAUCAUAACUCAGCAACUCUGUAGUUGAGGAGGCUGAGCCGUCGAACUCGCGCCUGCGCACCAGACCUAUCUACAAAACACUGAACAUACGCGCGACGACACCGCAACCAUGGCGCCUGGAUACCGCAACAGCAACCCCUCGCGCCGCCAAACCCGCGGCCUCGUCGACCACGACAUCUUCGAAGGUCUCCCCGUCCGCAACUGGCGCCGCGACGCCGUCACCGUCGCCCCCCCCCCCGCCCACGAUCCCUUCGCCACGGCAAAAGACAAAUGGGACGUCGAGCUGCCCUGGGGCAUGCCGAAAGACGCGCACCUUAUGCCGCAACACAGCCAGGACCUUCUCCGCGCCGCGCGCUCGGGCAGGAUCUACCAGAAGCGCAUGUUAGUUGAGGAGGAGGACAUCGAGGCCGACGCGCUGCUGGUCGAGAAGGCGGAGAAGAAGGAGGAGGCGAAGGAGGAGGGGUUUGUGGUGAGGACGUGGAAGUUGGUGCCGAAGCAUUUGGAGGGGCCCGAGAUUGAGUAUUUGGCAAAGAGGAGGAAGGGGUUGAGAGGGGCGCCAGUGAAGGGCGUGGCGACGUUGACGAAGAUGACGUUGAGGAGGACGGAUGAGGCGGGGAAUACGUAUGUCGAGGAUGUGGUGGUGCCGGAGGGGCAUGUGGUGGAGGGUGAGGUUAUCGCGACGACGGUUAUUCUGGAUCCUGCUACGACUGGCGCUCCGGUCGCGGGAGUUGCACCUCCGCAGCCGGUGAAACGCCGUCCUCCGCCUCCGAAGCGUAGAGCUAAAGGCCCCGGGCGCGGACGCAGGAAGAAGCUUCCUCUACCACCCCGCAGCGCGCCCGCCACAGUGGGCGCAGCGCAAGUUGACGGCCAAGCCGCUGAGGCGCCAAAGCAGGAGCCAGCUGUGGACGCGAACGGUGUCAAGAUCGAGUCUAGCGUGACGCCCGCUCCCGGAAACGAAGACACGGAAAUGGGCGAUGGAUCGAUGGCACAGUCUGAUGACGAAGGCGAGGGAGAGGGCGAUGAUCGCUCCGAGGGCUCUGAUGACGAAGACCAAGACGGUGAAGGCGAAGGAAGCCAGACCCACGACCAAGACGAUGAUAACCGCAUGGUCCUCGACAACCUCCCUCCCGAGCCAAAGGUUCAAGCGCCCAAACCCGCCAUCUCAGGCGACUUCCCCGUUGAAGCACCACAUGGAGAGUUUGGCGGCCAGGCAGGUGGACAGGGACCAACGACAAGUGGAAGCCCGCUGAAACAUGCGUUUACGCCGCAAUCGUAUUCCCCGACCCUCAGUGCGGAGGGAGAGGUAGAGAAUGCGCCGGCGGAUGCGUUUGGAGGGGGUCAGCAAUUACAGGGUCAUUUCGAGCAGCAGCAGCAGCAAGUGUUCCAUGGGCAGGAUCACCAGCAACAACAACACCAGUAUCCUGAACCCCAACAACAGCAUCAAGAACACCUCCACGAAGGCCCUGCCGCAGAUACACCCUCAGCCUUCGACGUCAGCGCCACUGAUUUCGCCGGUAUGCUCUCUGGCACACCCCCACAGUUCGGUGAGCACCAAGAAGAGGGAGGGGAUGAUGAGAUGUUACUUGAUUCCGUGCAGGGACAUGAUGAGCACCAACUGCCUGAUUUAUCGGAUUUCGAUCCUCAUGCUUCUACGGAGGCGCCGGGGGAGCAGGGGGUUGGUGGGGAUGAGGGACCGGGGGAGGAGAAGUUUGAGGAUUUGCUGGGGAGUUUGGAGGAUCAUUUGAAUGAUGGGAGUGGAGAGGGGGAGGGACCUAUGGCGUUGAUUGGGGUGGAGGAGGCGGAGGCGGUGGUGGUGGAGGCGGUGGUGGAUGAGGUUGCGCCGGCUUCAGUGGUGGAGGAGGUACCUGCUCCUGUUGUUGUGGCGGAGGAGCAGAAACCGGCUGAAGAUGAGAAGAUGGAUGAGGCACCCGCCGCACCUGCCCUGGAGGUCGUUGAACCUGCAUCUGCCCCCGCGGAAACCGAGACCGCAAGCGCGGAAGCGAAGGAAGCUGAACCUGCUAUGGUGGCGGACUUAAAGGAACCUUCCGCUUCGCCGGCAAAGGAGGCCGAGAGCGCCGUCCCUGAAGCACCAGCCGCGGUGGAGGCGGAGGCGCCAUCUGCAGAUGUGGCUGAAGAGCCCGCUGCGCCUGUGGAGGUGGAAGCACCUACCGUCGUCGAGGAAGCGGUAGUGGAGACGCCGCAGGUGGCCGAAGCGCUCGCUAUUGUCGAGGAGGUGGCGAAGGCUGUACCAGAGCCUGUAGCGCAGGAGGAGGCCAAGGAAGAGGUGAAACAGCCCACACCAGAGAAAACACAGGACCCUGUGCCGGAGGUGGUGAAGGAAGUUACACCUGAAGUCGCGGCGAAGGAGGAAGAGGCAGUGGAAGUAGCGCAGGGAGAGACGGAGAAGAAGGAGGAGCAGGCGGCUACUGAGGAGCCGAGUGCUGCUGCGUAGAUAUUGUUAUGGUAUAUGUGGGGGAGGGGAUGAUGUUUAUUUAUUUUUUGGUGGGAGGAGUAAUUAGGGGUUGGUUGGGGAGGGGGUGUAUGUAGGUAGUAAACUUGGGCUAUUUAUUUCGGGAAGCUGUUUUAUGUGUAGUUCCGGCCGGCAAGUGGCUGGCAAGUCCUAGCGAAGCCAUCAUUGUUUCGUUAAUACUUUGGUAAUUUGCUGGUGAGGUUAUUGGACAUAUCAAGGAAGUUAUUUUUGGCUGUAUUGUACUCUAGAUGUAGUUGCACACAUCGUAAUGUUUCAGCGAAGCCAUUUUUGUACGGGG